AUGUACAUGCGAAGGAAGUGUCAACAUUGUCGCCUCGAGAAAUGCAUGAGGAUCGGGAUGAGAUCAGAAUGUACCUUUUCGAUUCCUUUUCUGUGUUGGCUAGGAAUAACUUCUUGUGCUUUAGUGAAUCAUAAAUUGAGCAUUUUCGCCACCAGACCUCUGUGA